AUGGAGCCCCAAGAUACAUCACCAUUAACAGCGAAAGCGAACGGCAUGCUUCCUCAGACCAGUCACAAUGUUCCCCCCUCAGCUCGGUCAAAGUUUCCUCAGAUGGCGACAAUUCCAGCCUUGAAGCAUACUUCCCGAGCAGAUGAUAAUGCAAAUGCGUCUCUACAGGGGACCACGGGUGCGCUUCGAGAAAUCAUCUGGUCUCUUGUCUGUGUUAGUCUACCGAUGAUUGUUUUGACUGCCAUAUUCAUCGGUCUGGUCUACGGCUAUUUGGUAUCAGAGGAUCCACUGACCUCGGACGACAUUUUUGGACGACCUGAAUCAUACGACCAGUCCGCAUACUAUGUUAGAUACAGUGCUACACGACUCAUCACGGUCUCAUCAUGGACCAGUACUGUAACUUCAUUCACCACUACAUUUGUCAUGACUCUUGUGUCAUAUCCACUCGCGAGAUCCUAUACGAGAAAAUCGGACUUGGGGGUCUCCAACGAAUUACCAACCACAUAUCAAUUCAAGCUGAUAAUCGGCCUUCUGGGAGGUAGCUUGGGAUCUUUGUGGUCGUGGUUAGAUUACUGUUUAUGGCGGAAACCCAUCAAGCAGACUAAGCUCUUGUGGACAACUGCGACCGCUUUACUCGCUUCCAUCGUUCUGAGUUUUGGAAUUCUUGCUGUUGAUACAUGGCUUCACAUCACCACGUCUACCGUUCCAUACGAUACUCUAUCAUCAAUUAGUGCUCAGCCUGCCUUCUCAUAUGGGCGCGUUCUUGACCCUUUUUGUUGGAAUUCAACCACGCAGUCUGAGAUUGACGACUCUGCUCAGUGUAUUGGCUCCCUUGGUCCACCUGGCAACACAGUAUUUUUCCCAAGCGCGUCUGAAACUGCGAGAACUCUGACGAAUCUGUCGACCGUGAACUCAGUACUAAGUUGCAAUCUGCGGAAUACUUCACUUGCGUAUGUCACCGCUGCUCGGCGUGAUUCAAGCCUUGAUUUCCAAGCAAACACUUACGCCAUGAGCACAACUUGCAAACCUGUCAGUCAAGAAUGUAACCUGGAGUGGACAUCCUACUGCACCUAUGAAGUGUGUAACGCAAAUAUGGUUACACCAAGUAUAGCUUACAACUGCAGUCCUACUUUAUCUGGCAACAUGUUAAACAAUACUGGCACUACAUUCGACGCAAACCAAGGCGGAGGUUCUAGAGGUACGAGUAGUACCGGCUUUUUCCUCCAGCUGUUUGAAAAGGACAACUACGUUAACCCAAUAGGUACAAAUGGUGGCAACACCACGAUGCGCAAUCCCUUCUACUUUACGACUGGUGCUUUGCUAGCCACUACCGACCUUUUAGCCAGCGAUCCAGAGGCAAUUUCAAGCGAUUCUCAGAACUAUGCUUUCAUCCUCUCGUGCGUCAGUACAGUUUAUGACUUCGUUUACAAUACUGUCAAUGGUACUGUUGUUAAUGGAACAUACACGGCGUCAAACGACACCUUGACAGCCAAUAUUCGUUGGGCUCUAGGAAAUGUUCAAGCUUACUCUCGAAAUGCCCUCGAAUCAGCCUGGAUCAGUGGAGCACAACAAGUGAAUACUUCGCAAGGACUUUCAGAUUUCUUCGCCCAGCGGUUCAGCGAAACUGCAAUGAGCAUGGUGGUUGGUAUUACACAGCCGUCGUUGAAUAUCGCCGAACGAACGCGUGAGCAUUUGCUGGUGACGCGAUUGCCAAAAGCUCCAUUCUUCACCUUGAUCGUACUCAAUCUCUUGUACGCAGUGCUUGGGGUCCUGCUGGCCGUUGUGGCUGUUGCGAGUCAGCCGCGUGCAACACGGGAUGUCCAGGCUCGUCUCAGUAUUGCUGGACUUGUCGCUGCUUUAUUCGAAGUUGACAGAAGUUCGAGCAUUGGACACCCAAAGUCAUCACCCGGCGGUAUCGAGAUUGCCUUCGCCGAGUAUCGAGAGAAGAAUUUUACAGGACCGAGAGUCAUGGUUGUGGCUAGAGACGGCAGCCAUGCAUUUGAGAAAACCACUGCACCUGAAAAGGGCACGAAGGGCAACGGACCGGCCACUGCUGAAGACCCCUCGGUCUCUUCUGCCGAGAUGAGUACCCUAUUGCCACAGACAUCAGAGGAGCAAGCGCAAAUCACCGCGUCUGAGAACAGGGCCUUCACAACUGGCAGGAGCAGCACCUACUAA